GAAGGGCGAACAAUGCGUGUUCCGUCGGUUCUGGUUACAUUCCUACUGGGAGUGAUCCUAGUUGAUCGUUACGCGGCUGGAGAAGAUCUAGCAGACAAAUCGUGGAUAUCCCAGAUGAAAAAGCUACGCAGUGAUCUUCGAGACUGCUAUCAGUCUGGAAUACACCAAAGUCUGUGGUCCUGCUUCCGCUCAAGAAGCUUGCACAUCUUCGAGGGCAUCAUGUCUUCCCCAGAGAUUUCCAUUUACGAUGGAGUGCGCCUGGUGGCUGCUCCGAAUAGUACUGAUAACGCUACAAGGCCUGACGAUGAGAGGAAGGAUUUGAAGCACUUAACCUGGUUCGAUCAAUUGGCAGUGAGUUUGGCCAAGGGCUUAACCACACACACCUUGCAAGUGAACUUGGGAAAACUGACCGAGAGAUAUCUAAGUAGUGAUACUUCUAACCCAGAUCCUGUGGGAAGUGCCCGGGUGAGAAGACAUCGUUACAACAUGAUCAUUACCAUGAUGUUUGGAGUGACUGCUUUGGGAGCCAUCUUAGUGCCCAUGGGCUUUCAAAUGCUUUCGAUAGUUAGUGGAAAAGCUCUAUUACUGGCCAAGAUGGCUCUGCUCUUAGCCUCUAUUAAUGGCUUAAAGAGGGUGGCCAACAAUGGAUUGCACUAUGGACUGUACCACGUACCUGGAGAACAUUUAGGAGGUUACUACGACCGAGGGGAUGUGAGUCACCCCAGAAAUGUGCCUAUUCCCGUAGCAGUGGCGCCCACUUUGGAUAUGGGAUUGAAGUAGGAAUUUUAAACAUACAUAGAACUGCCUUAAAGUAUACAUUUAAAAGUUCAUAUAGGAAAAUUCGAAAAACUCG